UGCGCCUGCGCAGUGCGGCGCCGGCGGUGGCAGUUUCUCUUUGCUCGGCUUGUGGCGUAGCGCGUCUCCAUUGCAGGGCCGGGAGGAGGCCCGAUGGCGGCGGCAGCGGAGGAGGCUUCGGCGGGGAGUCCCGGGGAGUGGGAGGCGCCGACGCGCUUGCUGCGGGCCCUGACCUGGCUCGGACAAGAGUUCAUGUCAGACUGGGAGGCGCAGGACUUGCGGGCCGCGCUCUUCCAGCUGCUCCUGCUGUGGCUGGUGGUGAGCCUGCUGGGCAUCCAGGUGGCCUGGCGGGUCUACGGCAACACCGUCACCGGCCUCUACUACCGGCAAGGUCCUGGAGGACAGAAUGGAGGCACACCAGAUGGGUCCUCUCACUUUUCUAUGUGCGGGGGCACAACCAAUGAAACGAUGAAAACUCACCGGGAGUGAUGAUGAAGGUGACAAAAACAGGCUCCUGCUGUUCCAGGAGCGUAGAGGAUGCUGGUGCCUGCCUGCUCGCCCGCUCACCUGCCCAGAUGCCUUGCUCUUUUCAGUGCUGAGGAAGUUGCAGCUGUGGUUGCCCUUUCUCCCAUCCUGUGGCCUGGUUGCUGGCCAACAUUGGUGCUGUGAGGACUGCUUCUACCUAUCCGUCCAGUUACCAAGCACUGACUCUCAGGAUUGCUCUCUCUCAGGUUGGAGAAGAUGCAGUUUCUCCUCUUCAUUUAAGAAAUCUGCAUUUUUUUUUCUUUUUGCAAAUCAUGGACUGGUCUCAAGCCUGCCUCUCUUUAAGUCUACAACUCCGUGUUAUAUGGAGCUCAUUUCCUUCUGCAGCAGUGCUUGAAUUCCCUUUACCCUGAACCAGCACCAGUGUGGGUAGGAAAUUGUUUCUACAAUUUAGCUAAAAAUGUCCAUUGCUGACAUUUGCUAAGCACUGCACCUUGCUGCUGGAAAGGUGCAGAGGAUUAGCCUAAAUAAUUUUUACUGUUGCUGGUUUUCCACCCAGGUAAGAGUCUGUGUUCUGUGCCAAUGACUAUUUUUGAGCUUACUUGUUUUCUAAAACAAACCAUUGUCCAUGGUGCUCAUGCUUUGGAGGGGCAAGGUGAAGAAGCUCUGCGCACCUAUGUAGUGCCACAGGUGCCAACUUGAUAUUGAGCCAUCCCUUUGUUUCUGCCCCCUGUGUCAUUGUGUGCAAGGAAUGGACUAUAAAGAAGUAAUGGGAAACAA